UUGCAGCUUGUGUACCUUCGGGGCUGCGAGCACUCAUCUGGGGGAAAGCAGAAGCAUUUUCUUGUCUCUCUUUGUGAACCCCUGAGUGGGCAGAAAGGCAUGGAUAGGGAGAAGUUCCAGCAGAAGGCUCUGAAACAAACUAAGCAGAAGAAAUCCAAGUCGGCUGAAUUUCUGAUGGAAAAAGAAGAGAGAGCUUCAACGGAAGGCAUUGCAAAUCCAGCUUUUAACAUCAGCAGCACAGAUCUUUCAGCAUAUCAGACUUCAGAGGAGGAAGUUAUUAGACGUGACAAGCUGGAUAGCACCCUUGCAGCUCACCAACAAAAACUCGGGCUGCAAGCCCGAGCUGAACCAAGAGGAAAUGAAUGCAGCAGAAAUUACUUUGACCCUCUGAUGGAUGAGGAAAUAAACCCAAGGCAGUGUGGGAUGGAGGUCAGCAAAGAAGUGCCUGUGAUGUUGGAUGAGAAACUCCUCUAUGACAAACUGAUGAUAUUUCUAGAUGAAGAGAAUGACAUGUUGGGAUCUCAUGAAACACAUGUUGAAGAAAAACAUGGUGAAGAUGUUUCUGGUUCUUUGUGUCCUGCCAGUUAUACUAAGACUUAUGAUCUUUGUGAGGAAGUGGAGGAUGAAGAGGCCUUCCCUUAUAUCGAAGAGUUUGAGAAGGAUGUUCAGGAGGAGAUGAUUCGCCUUGGCAACCCUCCACUGGAACAGCACACAAAGAAGUUAAACACAAAACUUUCUAAGAUCUCUCAAAGCAAGGAAGAAAGUCAGGCGUUGAAAGCUGCACCAAAUGCCUGUAAAGAGGGGACCGCAGCCAAGUUUAGUAACCUUGCAGGAGUGAAUAAUGAAUCAAAUGGAGCAGCAGGACUUCGCUGGAAGGUUGACUGGUCCAAAAGUCCUCAGCCUAUUCAGAUCCAACUGAAAUGCUUACGAGGCAUCAAGGACAAAGUGCCCCAAGGCAGCUACAUCCUCAAGGUUUCCCUUCAUGGACGACUUGGUGGUAAAGCGCUUCCCUGGGCCCAAGUAGAGGCUCAGCAAUGGGCUGGAACAACAUUGCCAGUAAGGCACAAUGGGAACUUCUAUGAUGUGGAGAUCUGUUUCGACCAAAGUGUCCACAUAGAUGCUCCAGCUAGAAAAGAUGAGAAACCUGGCGAGAUACUUCUGUUUGAGCUCUUUCUCCUUCGUGGGACCAGUACAUGCAUUGACAGAGUGGUGGGCUGGGGAGCUUUUCCUUUGUGUAACAAUCAUUUGGACACAGUGGAAGGGAAAUUCAAAUGCCCCCUUCUCAGAGGUCACUACAAUUCCAAAAUUAAUCGAUUCCAAAAAAUCGAAAAUCUGAUUUCUUCUGAUUUGGACCACUGGCUGUGCAACCUUUAUUUUCAGAUAAUUAAACUACCACGGUAUUCAGAUGAGCAGAAAGAAUAUGAGACAGGACUACAGUUCUCUUCAAACCUGCUUGUAUAUUCAAGCAUUACUGAGAAGAAUGGAGUUUCAAAAGAGACAAAGGGCGGACUACAAGAUGAUGGACUGAAAAGCUCAGGCCUACCACAAUGCCAUUCAAGAUGCUCUUUUGCGUCACUGCAAGGGCGACCUUUAACCUCUCUGAGAGAUUCUGACGCCCAUAAGGGAAGUAUUCCCACUGUUGAAAAGGAAGUGGGAAAGCAGUUUAAUGUUGUGAAAGGUUGGAAACAGUGCGUGUCAAAAGAAACUCAGAGGAAAAGAGAGGAUCCGCUCUUGAAAUGUUUCCAGCAGGAAAUCUAUCUAGAGUUAAAAGUAAUGAGCUCAGUGAUACAGAAAAUAAAGGAAAGAAUACAAGCUCAAACCAUACACAUUAAAGCACAGCAGCCCACAAGAAAAUUAUUAAGCAACGGAAAUGACCCAUAUAAAAUUAGCACUGGUUAUUCAGAUACAUAUUGUGAUAUGAUCCCAGUGAAGGAAGCCCAUGGUGUAUAUUUGAAGAUGAACCCGGAUGACCCCAGUGAUCAGUACCAUUGUCCUGGAAGUCCUGGAAUUAGGCAAGAUACUGAUGAAGCAGCUUUAUACAGCACAUCUUAUCUGGAGGAGCUAGAGAAACAUAAGUUCUCUGUCCGCUGCCAUCCUCCUGUUGAAACAAGACUGUCCAGAAGAAUUACUAAGCACUUCUACUUUGGUGUGUACUCAGUCUUUUCUGAACUUGGAAGAGGGCAAUGGUCUUCUUGGGACUUCUGGUUCAUCAUGAUGCUGGUAUCUUUGCUCUGGUUUGCCCGCCUGUACCUGCAUUAUUGCAGCCAGUGGGUCUUACUUCAAGCUAUCGCAGUUCCUGUCACAAAAUUCCAAUUCUAUCCUCACACAGUGGAUUUGUGCUACCAGAACUCUUUGCUACACACCAGUGAAGAGUUGGCCAUGGUUGUGGUUGGACCUUUGACCUUAAACACAGUGAUGCUUCUUAUGGUUCUGAUGAGAUGGGGCUGUCAGCUGUUGUUUGGUUCAUUCCCUUCUUACUUGUCAAAGCUGAUCAUGGCUUGGGGACUCUGGACAGUGCUAGACCCCUUGGCAGUGUUUAUAGUGGAUGCAGUCCUGAGGCGACUUCAUUAUGCCACAGAUAAGCCCAUUGCUGAUUGUGCUAAGCUGUACUGGCUUUUUUUAAGAACAGAAGAAUCCGGCAUUCCUGGUAUAUUGAUAACCAUUCUGCUUUACACAAUUCUGUUCAUUAUUUCUUCUACAACAUUGUACCUAUAUUUUAUAAGGCUACACAAUGAAGGCUGGCUAUUAGAUAUAUUUCAAAGGAUUCAGAGUGAUGAGACCAAUUUCUUUGUUCCAUUUGACCUUGAAAUCUCCAACCAAGAGUUGAGCUACAUUGUAAAAAAGGCAGAGCAAUGGAGAGGAAUCAAUGGUGAACAUCGAAAGGUUGUAGUCUAUGAUUAUAUCUGGAAAGACCACGCAAACAAGCCUGAUGUCUCCAGAAGUGACCUCCAUCAUCAAGGUGAAACCUGGAAAUAUAUUGGAAACUUGCAAGGCACCACAGUUCAUGUAGCUAUAUAUACUGUCCAUCUUGGUGGCUUCCAAGAACUCUACAGACACUUCCUGAGACUGCCCAAUGGUGCUAUUAUUGAGGCAUUCGGUGACAUUCGUGGAAUAAAUUUUGGAGAUAAUGAAGUGAGCACAGUCAUUCAGGAGCAUGUAAGUGAAAUGGAUAAUGUGCUGGGAGCUUCUUCGGAGAUCAAGCUAAGAGAAAGAAAAAAGAAUACAGCAAGGUGGAAAGGAGAUCAUGUUGACUCCAAUACAAGCUAAUUAAAAACAAUAUUUCUAGAUCUUCACUCAUCUGAUGAUCUCCAUUGUAGUCAAGUUAGACUUUUAUCAUAUAGCAUCUGUGACUGCAUUGUUCUAUACAAAAGACUUGAUGCCAUGUCAGAAGUGGAGCUGAUUUAAACCUUCACACCAGAAAAUAUCUAAUGUUGACUGAACUCCAGAUAUGGAAUCCUUUAUUAUUGGUGCAUUGAUUACAGGGCUUUUCUGUUUUAGAAUGUAUUAUUUAUUGGGUUCUGGAUCUUGCAACCUGAACCACUGGAUUACUUCAAAAUUAUUCUAAGAGUUUCUACAAUGGUCUUGAAUUACUGUUAUAUUCCAGUGCACAAUCUAGCUUGGUUUUCUACCAUUUAUUCUUGGAAAGUAAAUGCUUCGUUUAUUUGAA